CUUCCUCUUUCUCUUUCAUCUUGCUCGAUCUAGCCAACCGAAGCUUAGAAGAAAAGGCGAGCUCUUUGACAAUCUUUUAUUUGGCGCUGUCACUCAUUUGUUAAACGCGAAGAGGUUGUAGUUCCCAUUCGAUUGGUUGAUUUUGGAGAAACACAGAAGUGAAACUGUGGAAUUGAAUCCCAAACAUACUUUCAGCAAACAAGAUGAAAGAUAGUAGAGAUGGAACCAAGACUGAUAGAAAGUCAAGAACUUCGUCUGUUAGCUCCAUGCCUCUCAUUCUAGACAUAGAAGACUUUAAGGGUGAUUUUUCCUUUGAUGCAUUGUUUGGAAACUUAGUAAAUGAUCUAUUGCCAUCUUUCCAAGAAGAAGAAGCAGAUUCAACAGAAGGACAUGGUGGCAUUGGUGAUGCUUUAUCGAAUGGUCAUAUCCGUGCCCCAUCUGAUGCUGCCAAAUUUUCACAGGGACUCCCUUCCCCUUUAUUUCCAGAAGUAGAUGCUCUUUUAUGUCUGUUCAAGGAUUCGUGUAGAGAGUUGGUGGAUCUCAGAAAGCAGAUUGAUGGAAGACUGAAUAAUCUUAAGAAGGAUGUUUCUGCGCAAGAUGCUAAGCACCGUAAAACUCUUGCUGAGCUGGAAAAAGGUGUGGAUGGUUUGUUUAGUAGCUUUGCAAGGUUGGAUGCGCGUAUUUCGAGUGUCGGACAGACAGCUGCAAAAAUAGGAGACCAUUUGCAGAGUGCAGAUGCUCAGCGGGAAACUGCCAGUCAAACAAUAGAUCUCAUAAAGUACUUGAUGGAGUUUAAUAGCAGCCCAGGUGACCUGAUGGAACUUUCACCCCUGUUUUCUGAUGACAGCCGUGUAGCUGAGGCUGCUUCAAUUGCACAGAAAUUGCGAUCAUUUGCUGAGGAAGAUAUUGGAAGACAAAGCAUAGCUGUGCCAUCUGCUGUGGGUAAUGCAACUGCUAGCAGAGGAUUAGAAGUUGCAGUUGCCAAUCUUCAAGACUACUGCAAUGAACUGGAGAACAGAUUGUUGGCUCGUUUUGAUGCAGCAUCACAGAGAAGAGAACUGUCUACCAUGUCAGAAUGUGCUAAAAUUUUAUCUCAGUUUAAUAGGGGAACUAGUGCUAUGCAACAUUAUGUGGCAACCCGUCCAAUGUUCAUCGAUGUGGAAGUCAUGAAUGCAGACACCAGAUUAGUCCUUGGUGACCAGGCUUCUCAACCUAGUCCCAGCAACGUUGCUCGUGGACUCUCUUCUUUAUACAAGGAAAUUACAGAUACUGUGCGAAAAGAAGCUGCCACAAUUAUGGCUGUUUUUCCUGCCCCUAAUGAAGUUAUGUCAAUUUUGGUUCAGCGAGUUUUAGAACAGCGAGUUACAGGUAUUUUAGACAAAUUGUUGGUGAAGCCCUCUCUUGUGAAUCCACCUCCUAUGGAAGAUGGGGGGCUUUUGCUAUAUCUUAGAAUGCUGGCUGUGGCAUAUGAGAAGACAAAGGAACUUGCUAGAGAUCUACGAACGGUUGGGUGUGGUGAUUUGGAUGUUGAAGGCCUCACAGAAUCUCUUUUCUCUAGCCACAAAGAUGAGUAUCCUGAACAUGAACGAGCAUCUUUGAAACAACUAUAUCAAGCAAAGAUGGAAGAACUACGUGCUGAGCAGCUUUCUGAGUCAACCGGGACAAUUGGGCGCUCUAGGGGAGCAUCAGUAGCAUCUUCCCCUCAGCAGAUAUCUGUUACAGUUGUGACGGAAUUUGUCCGUUGGAAUGAAGAAGCAAUUUCCAGAUGCACAUUGUUCUCUUCUCAGUCUGCCACCCUUGCAGCUAAUGUAAAAGCAGUAUUCACUUGCCUAUUAGACCAAGUUAGUCAAUACAUUACGGAAGGACUUGAACGGGCUAGAGACAGCCUGACUGAAGCUGCAGCUUUGAGGGAAAGGUUUGUGCUGGGCACAAGUGUUAGUAGAAGGGUGGCUGCUGCUGCUGCCUCUGCUGCAGAAGCUGCUGCUGCUGCUGGUGAAAGCAGUUUCAGAUCUUUCAUGGUUGCUGUACAACGUUGUGGUAGCAGUGUGGCUAUAGUUCAGCAAUAUUUUGCAAAUUCUAUAUCGCGGCUCUUACUACCUGUGGAUGGUGCACAUGCUGCUUCCUGUGAAGAAAUGGCAUCAGCAAUGUCCAGUGCAGAGGCUGCUGCUUAUAAAGGCCUUCAGCAAUGUAUUGAAACUGUCAUGGCUGAGGUGGAACGGUUACUGUCAGCUGAGCAGAAGGCAACAGAUUAUCGGUCACCUGAUGAUGGUAUUGCUCCUGAUCAUCGCCCAACAAAUGCCUGCACAAGAGCUGUGGCAUAUCUUUCCCGUGUGCUUGAAGCUGCAUUCACUGCACUGGAAGGCCUUAACAAACAGGCAUUCCUGACUGAGUUGGGCAACCGAUUGCACAAAGUGCUGCUUAGUCACUGGCAGAAAUUCACAUUUAAUCCCAGUGGAGGAUUGCGGCUGAAGCGUGACAUAACAGAAUAUGGAGAAUUUGUGCGGAGUUUCAAUGCUCCAUCCGUUGAUGAGAAAUUUGAAUUAUUGGGCAUCAUGGCCAAUGUCUUUAUUGUCGCUCCUGAAAGUCUAUCUACCUUGUUCGAGGGUACACCCAGUAUUCGGAAAGAUGCACAGAGGUUUAUUCAGCUUAGAGAGGACUACAAGAGUGCAAAACUUGCAUCAAGACUCAGCUCACUCUGGACGAGCUGAGAUUGAUAAAGUAGGUGGCAUGUUGAUGUGUAGAUAGCUUCCAAAUUUUCUCAGGCAGUUCUCUCAGAGCAAUUUGUAGCUUGCAAGGCAAGAAAGUCAGAAACUUGAAGUUGAAUAGUUUUGGGCAGCAUUAAGAUGAAGUUAAAGAUCCGUUUUGAAGUUUUAACAGCAGAAGCUUAUGAGCUCAUGACUGGAUAGAAUAUGGGGGACAUUAAGAGUUUCUUUCUGAAUUCUUUUUCAUAAUUUCUUUUUCUCCCUCCAUUUCUUAUUCUUAUAUGUGGAGUGUAUAUUUUGAAGAUAUGGGGAAGACGGAAGAAGUGCAAUAGAUGUGUAGUAAUUCUAAAGGCUUUUUAAAUGUAUUUUGUAGGUUUGUGAUUUUUGUUCUGAUGAACCAAUGAAAGGUCUAAUGUUCUGGAUGUGUGCGUGCUCGCCCUUGUAAAUGAUACUAAUAGGGGAUCAGUAAUGACAGUACGGGGGCCUUAUUGUUAGUUUGCAAUCAAUAUAUUUAUAUGUA